AUGGAUUACCUUGAAAUUCUCUUUCGCCAUGAGAAGAAGAACCGUUGGGCGGAGGAAAGGCCGCCACCUAAAGGACAUCGCCACCACCGUAAUCGCCGCCGUGUGAUUGAUUUAGGCUGGUCUCGCUCAAUUAGGGUCUUGAGGCUUAGAGUGAAGAGAACAGGGAUGGGUGAUAAUAUUUUGUUAAAGUUUAUGUUUGGAACUGGUGAUGUUGAUGUAGUUGUGGAUGAUAUUGAUAAGGUCAUGCUGGUUGACUUGAUAAUUGAUUUUUGCGAUAAUGCGGUUAAGCAAAAAAAUGAGAUACCUAAAUUUCCUAGCUUUACGUACAUGCAUAAGAAUGAACGCCUGCCUCUAAACACUGAUAAUGAAUUAAUGAAGAUGUUUAGUAAUUUGAAUGGUAAGGAUGUAAUCAACAUAUGGGUAAGUGAUGAAGAUAAGCCAUCUCAGAUUUUUAAAGUUGUUACGAGUUUAAGGACAACCAGAAAUGCAAAAGAGCUUAAGGAUGUGAUGAGAGGGGUUGUAGAAAAAUUUGGUAUUACAGUGAAUGAUGGGGGUAACAUUGGAGUUGAGAGGAAUGAUGAUGUUGUUGCAUUUAGUCCUCCAGAACUAACAUCUAGGAGAAGCCUAAGGUUGGAAGAGGAGAUUCUGGUCAUUCCAAACCUUAACUUUGGGCAAAAUAAGGAACCUUACAACCCAGAUGAGGUUGAUUGGGAGGCAAUGGAUGCUUUGAAUAGGUCCAAUGAUGACACAUGGUUAGAUUUUCAAUUAUCUCCAGUGAAAAGCAGAGGUGGGUGCAAGGCUAGAGGCGGAGGAAGAAGUAGAGGAAGAGGUGCGGGGAGAGGGGGAAGAAGGGGAUCUGCUAGGGGGAGAGGGAGAGGUCCAACUAGAGGGUUUGAGUAUUGGUUGGGGCUUGAAAAUGAAACAAACAUUGCAACUGACCCUAUAGUUGAACAUGAACCUGUUGUUGAAACUCAUGAGUCAAAUGAACAAGAAAUUGGAAUUAGGGUUGUAAGGAGAAGUCCAAGAAAACAUAAACAACCUGUUAUUCAACCUGUUAUUACUCCUGAACUUGUAACUGAACCUCAACUUGAAACUGUCAUAGAACCAAACCUAAUCUUAAGUAGAGGGUCAUCCUUGUCUUCAAAAGCUUCCGUUCAUAGGAAAAAGAUACCAAAGACGACAGCUAGAAGGAAGGGGUUGCUUGUAAGUGGUAAUUCUGUUUCCGGAGGUGGAAAUGAGCAACUGAACAGAAGUGUUACUAUUAGUGUUGAUGUUGAUGAUAAUGCACUCUCAAUUCGAAAUAAGGAUUUUGAUGGUGAUGAAAAUGACUCGGAAUUCAAUGUUAGUGGCAGUGACAUUGGAGGUUCAGAUUCUGAUGAAUUGAGUGCGGAUGAUGAAGAUAAUGUGGGGUUAGAUGGUGAUACCGGGAUGGUUGUAGUAGAUAAUUAUGACCCAUAUGUUGAUGAUGUAUGGGUAGAUGAUGGAGUAGAUGAUGAUGGGGAUGGGAAUUACUUUGCAAAGUUGUAUAGAAAUGGGGAAAUGUUUGAAGAGAAAGAGAAUGUGAAGAUUGAAUUGAAACCUUGGCAUCUUUUUUGUGAUAAAAACCAUUUGAGGGAUGUAGUCAGAGAUUAUUGUAUCCAACGUGGUUUUUCUGUAGUGGUUGAUAGAGCCAACAAUUCCAUUUACACCGUCUAUUGUUCAGCCGAGGGGUGUGAGUGGAGGCUACAUGCUUCCAGAUUAGCAGAUGGGUUCACUUGGGCUAUCAAGUCAAUCAAGAAUCCAGAGCAUACUUGCCUAGGUUUGGAGAUCCGAAACCCAAUGGUCACAGCAAAAUGGGCUAGCAGAGUGUUGUUGGAAGACAUUAGGGCAAACAAUGAUAUUUCUGCAAAGUCAUUGAACUUGUUGUUGUGGAACAAGUUUAAGGUUAAAAUGGCUACAAGUACAUUGUACAGAGUGAGAGCAAGGGCACUAAUUGAAAUACAUGGAGGGUUUGAUGAAUCAUAUGCUCAUUUGCCUGGUUACUGUGAGAUGAUAAGGAAAACUAACCCUCAAUCAGUUGCUUCUUGUGUGUGGAAUCCUGCUAAUCAUGUUGACAGACCAUUGGCUUUUGUCACAAUAUUUAUUUCAUUUAAGGCCUGUGUAGAUGGACUAAGGCAGGGCGUUAGAGGUUUUGUUGGUGUUGAUGGAGCUCAUUUAAAAGGGAAUUAUGGGGGUGUAUUGUUAUCUGCAGUGGCAUUAGAUGGGAACAAUGAGUUGUUCCCAUUUGCAUGGGGAAUAGUGUCAAAUGAAGAUGCAGACACUUGGUGUUUUUUUGUGCAUCAUUUGAGAGAUUUGCUGAGAUCAACUGGAAGAGGAGAUGAGUGGUGUGUUAUCUCAGAUAGACAUCAGGGUAUUGAAGUUGCAUUUAACAAGUUGUGGCCAGAAGUAGAUAGGAGAUAUUGUACCAAACAUUUGUCCGGCAAUUGGAAGAAAGCAUUUCCUGGUCCACUCAUGCUUUCUCUAUUUUGGAAAGCAACGGGGGCAUACUCAACUUUCACAUUCAGAAAAGCCAUGGAGCAAAUAGAUAAGGUGGGAAAGGGAGGAAGGUUGUGGCUGGCCAAACUUGGUAAUCAGGCUAGAUGGAGUAAGCAUAAGUUCAAUGUUGCUACAAAGUGUGAUGUAAACACAUCAAAUUUUGUUGAGAGUUUUAAUGCAACGCUUGGUAUUGACAGAUGUAGACCCGUGCUUACACUGUUAGAAGGUAUUAGGAGGAAUACUAUGGUGAGAUUAGCUACUAGAAGACAGAUGUGUGAAGAGUGGACAAGGAAUGACGUAUGUCCAAAUAUUGUGAAAAGGGUUCAAAAGCUUUGUCAUGAUUCUAGGACUUGUCAUUCAUUUCUUUGUUCUGAAGGUGAGUUUGAGAUAUUUGAAGGUAAAUCUUACCUACCCGUAAGCUUGAACAAUCAAACUUGUAUUUGUGGACAAUGGCAAAUUUCUGGAAUUCCAUGUAGGCAUGGGAUGAGGGCCAUAUUAGAUGCCCAACUUGACCCUCAUGCUUUUGUUGAUGAGUGGCAUUCUGUCCGUAGAUACAAGUUAGCAUACUCUAGUGGCAUAAAGUCUAUACCAGACUUUGAGCAAUGGCCUGAUAUGAAUAUGCCAAAGAUAUUACCACCCGAGCUAAAAAGAGGAAUUGGAAGGCCGUGUAGGAACAGAAAGAGAGAUGAUACUGAAGAGAAGAAGGGGAAGAGAGCAAAAACUGUAAUGUGCAGCAAGUGUCGGGAAUUUGGGCACAAUGCAAAGACUUGCAAGGGAGGGGCUACUGCAAAACAAAAGUGGGGGAAAGGGAAAAAUAAGAAGACUCCGGUCCAAGGUAUAUCUUCUCCAUCUCAUGGCUUCACCAAUGAAGCAACAACAUCUCAGCAAGGCAGGGAUACCAGACAGAACACUCAACAAUUUCUCUCUCAAUCUGUUAGAUUAACUAGUCAGACAACAAUGCAAUAUGCAUCUCAGCCUGUACCUGCAAGAUUAACAAGAUCAGGCUCUGUCUUUAUGUUUGCUUCUCAACCAAGACAUUUUUGAAUUAUUUUGAUAAGUUAGGUGGUUUUCAGUUUAUGCUUGAACAAGGCCGAUUUUUUUUUUAAGUUUGAACAAUGUUAGAUUUGUUUGUGUGUGAAUUGAACAUGGUAACUGUGUGCCGAUUUAUUAUUUUAAUGAAGCUGCUAUU